AGCUGUAUGUGUGUGUGUGAAAUUCAGUAGUGUUAUGCAAAGAGAUAUUCAAAGUUAUUGUACUCCUACUGUUUCGUCGAAGAGAGGAAGAUCGCAAAAUUCACCAGAGGUCGAGGGCCAAUCGAGUAGAAAGAAAACAACGAUGGGUGUCGACGAAGAAUUCAUGGAAAAACUAUUUCAGGACUUUGAGAAUCGUAUAACUUCCAAUAUAGAUGAGAAACUGCAGCAAUUCAGGAAGGACUCUCAACAGGAUAUUGCAACUAUGAAAACAGUGGUGGAUCAAUUAGUGACUGAAAAUAAAAAACUAACAAACAAAUUAAAUCAGAUUUCUAUAACGAACAAAUCUUUGUCGAAACGGGUUAUCGAUCUUGAAGAUAGGAGUCGUCGAAAUAAUCUCAUCUUCAAGGGGCUCAAAUAUAAUGUGAAAACGUUCAACCCUUUAUCGGUGGUGAAAAACUUUUGUGCUGACUAUUUGGGAUCACGAAAGGAUAUAUGGAUAAACCGAGCUCAUCCCCUAGGAGCUGCAAAGGACAAUGGUCCUAUAAUAGCACACUUUCCCGAUGACUCUGAUGUGUUCCAUAUUCUAAAAAAUGCUAAAAAACUGAAAGGUACUGGGUAUUAUGUGCACAAAGACUUCUCUUUCGAAACAAGAAAAUCUAGGGCUAAACUAUUCGCGAUGAGAAAGGAGAUAAUUAAAAUACGUCCACAAGAAAAAGUAUUCGUAAAUCAUGAUCGAAUUACCAUAGGGAAUGUGACUUUCGGAAUCGAGGAAACCGGGCGUUUGAAAAUUGGCAACCGGAGCGGAGAGGAAAGACUGCGGGAAAUCCUAGGCGAUCACACGGACACUGUACUCGCGGCGAUGAGGGAUACCAACGAAGGACAUAAUAAUGAAACUAACAGUGAUGAAGUUAAUUGAGCCAAAGCCGUCAGUCAGGCAGAAAGAGAGUGUAGUGAAUUAGAUAUAUUGGUUUACAAUGUAGCUGGGCUGAGGGGUAAGUCUAUUCAGGAUAUAUUUGAUUUUCUUAGAAAGUAUGAGUGUUUCAUUCUGUUGGAAACCUUUGUAGAGGAAGGUAACCAUGUAUAUUUUGAAAAGUAUUUAGAGGGAUAUAAUUUUGUUUGGGAAUUUGCAACGAGGGAUUCACAAUUUGGUAGAGCAAAAAAGGGGCAAUUAAUAGCUAUUAAGAGCAGGAAAGAAGAUAUUGUUAGAUUAGAAAAUAUAAAUGGAAGAAACUUAGUUGUUCUGAUAGAGAAAAACAUUACCAUUGUUCCAGUUUAUUUAAGUGGAGGCUUACAAGGAGAGUGGGAGUUGGAUUUUUGUGCUCUGUAUGACUUCAUAUCUACUCUAGAUAACACAAGUAGUUUGAUUCUUGCCGGAGAUUUGAAUGGGAGAGUGGGAACUUGUCAGAAUCUGCCGCAAGAAGUAUUACUAGAUCACGCAACUA